AUGGCUUGUUGUGUCUUCACCGCAUACUUUAUGAGUCGCAUCAUCAAGGCGUGCGAGCUCCUCGACAUCCGUCUCCUUGAAAUCAAGUACAACGAUUCUGACCCAGACUCCUAUUCGACCCCCGGAUUGCAUCCCUACAUAGGCCCGGGCACGAAGGUACGAGAGCCUGCAGCCAACAUUGACAACACCGUGAACCGAAGAAAUGCAUCCCAAUCCGAGCCCUUAUCAACCGUUCGCAUCCUGAUCACAGGGAUGACCUGCGCUGCUUGCGUAUCAACAUUGACCCACGCAUUGACGUCCGUUCCGUCUGUCGUCCGAACCAACGUGUCUCUACCGCUUUCUCGAGCGACGGUGAUUUACAACGCUACACAUACGUCAACAGAGGAUGUGAUCUCGGCCAUUGAAGAUGUAGGUUAUGGCGCGGAAGUGGUUGGACAAGGCAACCGGCGCUCUGCGGCCCAGAAUCUCCAACUCAUCCAGAGAGAAGAAGAGUUGCAGGCCCUGAAGAAAGCUUUCAAUGGUGCAGCAAAGUGGGCUACAACUAUUACAGUGAUCGAAUGGGUGAGGAGGACCUCCACCACUCAGCCUGGGAAUAUCCUGGAUUCAAUUCUCUCCCUCAUGAGUCUGGUGAUCGGGUGUUACGUUCAAGUUUCUUAUGCAAAAUGGGUCCAUCACAACGCGUGGGCAAGCUGUUUCUCCAGAAAGUUGAUGCAGUUUCCGAGUCUGUCUAUGGACACUCUUCUGUCUCUGUCGCUUCUGCUAAGUAUGUUCCUCUCAUUCUUCAACAUCGCCCUUCACGGCCUUUCUGAUCUACGUACGAGGACCUAUUUCUCCUCUGCGUCUUUUCUUACAGUUGUUAUCAGUGGGGGAAGGUACCUCGACGUAACGCUGAGGAGCCAGGGCGCAACUGGACUUGCCCGUCUGUUUAGGUUGCAGCACGAAAUGGAAUUGGAAACAGUGAUGGUGGAAGGGCGAUUGCAGAAGCAAGAGACCGGGUCGGACGAAGGCGAUGAAGCCGUUCUGACCGCGGUCCCCACGACUCUUCUUGCGCCGUUGGACAAAUUUCAUAUCUCGCCUCAGAGCCUCAUCCCUUGUGACAGUUACGUGGUGCGCGGCACCUCUUUGGUUGACGAGUCGAACAUGACUGGCGAGUCAAUACCAUCCCGCAAAACUGUUGGCGAUUUUCUCAUGUCUGGGACUCGCAAUUUGUCUGCUGGACUCGUUGCUAUCGUCCUCCAAGAGCAGAACGAAUCAAGUUUAGAGAAACUUGUUGAGAGCGUGGAGACAGCAACAGAAUUCAAAUAUGAUCCGAUACAGACCGGUGCAAGCUCGGACGAUAAGCCAAGGAGGGCGAUAGAGGACAUUAUCACGAAAUAUUUCGUAUCAACCAUUCUUGUCCUGACAUUAUUCAGGUUCAUAUUCACGUUUGUUCUCUCGGCAGACUCGUCACCGAUGCCUGAUCGACUAAAUGCGGCAUCUGAACGGGCAAUGGCUAUCCUAGCAGCAGCUUGUCCAUGCGCUAUUGGCCUAGCAACCCCUUCGGCUGUCAUGGCUGGUAUCGACGCGGCGUACGCCUCCGGCAUUCUUCUGCCAGGCGGUGCAGAUGCUUUCAAAAAGCUAUCUCGCCUCACACACAUGGUACUGGACAAGACAGGGACGUUAACGGAAGGUAAACUGCAGAUCUCAGAUGCAUUCUUCGUCGAGCCAUUCAGAUCAGAUGAGAGGAAGAGGGAAUUAUGCUAUAGCCUUCUGAGCGCGGCGGAAAGAGAUGCGUCACAAACGCAUCCAGUUGCAAGAGCGGUGUUUCAGUGGUGUGUCAGACAGCUUCAAGCAACGUCUCAGCCGCGAGAAAGUCGAGGAGUUAUGACCGAGCCAGGUGCCGCACUGGUCAGAAACAUCUCAAGCGUCACAGGGAAGGGUGUCUGUGCAGAAGUGCAAGGACCCGGCAAAAUAUGGUACACCGCCCAUAUUGGCAGCGAUCGUUUUCUAUCCGACCACGAUAUUUCCCUCACCCCAGCCGCCAUAGUUGAGCUGGGAACUGUUAGAGGAACCACUGCGGUUCAUUUCGCCCUCGAUGGCAAGUACGCUGGCACGUUCAUGCUGCAAGACACUAUCCGUUCGAACGCCCCGGGUGUUAUCGACUCGUUGAAGUCGCUUGGGCUCAGAUUGACCAUGCUAACAGGCGACUCUGAGGCUGAAGCGCAUCGUGUCUCGUCGCAGCUACAGAUCCCAGUCCUUGCAGCUAAAUCUCUGCCUCACGAGAAGAGAGACUUGGUCGUCUCGCUGCAGUCACAGCAUCUUUCACCAUCUGGAUCCCACGGGAAAACAGCUCAACUGAUGUCCGACAUGAGGCAGGGAUUUGGCAUUCUCGAGGUUCUAAGCUCUAUCCCACGACGACUCUUCUCGGGGAACAAAGGGGACAGAAACAUCGUUGCAAUGCUCGGUGACGGUCUGAAUGAUGCACCCGCACAAGCAGCUGCCGACGUUGGCAUUUUAUUCUCACUCUCACCUUUGUCCGCCUGUCACUCGGCCUCGACAUCGUCGUUAGCACUGGGGAUUUGCGCUGCUGAAGUGAUCGUCACGACACCUGACCUCGCCGCCUUGCCGAAGUUGAUUACGAUUGCAACCAAAACCAUGGCUCAGGCAAGGUGGAAUAUGCAUUGGGCGGUGCUAUACAAUGCCUUUGCCAUCGCGUUAGCGAUGGGCGCUGGCGAACUAAUGGGAUUCAAGAGUGUUGAUGCAUCGACUGCUGGCACGAUGAUGGCAUUUUCGAGUAUUACCGUUUUGGGGACGAGUCUACAUCUGCGCCGACGAUUCCAAUGA